UAUCGUGUCUGCACUAUUUUUUUUCCAUCAAACUUGUGUCAACAGUCACGAAAAGAUGAUCUGCCUUGAGACUCAACAUUUUAACAUCAACCGAAUGUUGUUGCUUAUCGUUGGCUUGUGGCCUUAUCAGCGAUCGUUUUUAAUUGAACUUCAACUAAUUUUAUUUUUUGGUAUUCUGAUAACUUUUAUCGUAUUUCAGUUAACAACAUUUAUAACAUCAGAAUGCACUUUGGGCAUUAUCAAUAAAGUUUUAUCUUCUUCAUUUUUUUUUAUUUGUCUAUUAAUUGAAUACAAUUCAUUUUGGAUUAACACCGAUAUAUUAAAGAUUGCGUUGAAACAACUUCAAGAAGUGUGUAAUGAGAUAAAAAACAAAAAUGAAAUUGCUAUCAUAAAAAAGUAUGGAAGCCAAGCUAAAUGUAUAACAAUUGGACUUAUAUUACUUGUAAUAUGCUUUCAAUUCAUUUUUAUUCUGCUAUAUAUUUGGCCAUAUAUUCGUCACAUUAUGAUCCUCAACAAUUCUCAAUCACAUUCGCCGCCGCAUAUUAUAACAGAAUAUUUUAUUGAUCAAGAAAAAUAUUCUUAUUUAAUUACGGUGCAUAGACAUGCAGCAUGUUUAAUAGGCUCACUGGCAAUGCUUGCGACAGGAACUAUGCUUAUAACAUAUGUUCAACAUAUCUGCGCAAUGUUUAGCAUUGCCUGCAAUAAUGUUAUUGACAGUUACCGUAUCAAACUAGCAAUUGAUAUCUCACAUGAAAAUAAUUCCAAAAAUGAUCAAAAAAGUUAUAAAGACAUAAUUCAUGCUAUAAACAUUCAUCGCAACGCUAUAAAGCUUUUGAAUAUUUUAGUAUCCAACUUUCAGGGAUCGUAUAUUUUCUUGAUAGCAGCUGGUACAAUUUCUGCGAGCUGUAAUCUUUUUCGGUUUAUGUCAUUUAUCAGCAUAGAGCAACUUAUACUAUCUUUACUUUUUUUAAGUAUCCUUUAUGUAUACUCAUUUAUAUCCAAUUAUAUGGCACAACAAAUUACAGACCACCAUGAGUAUAUAUUUAUUACAGUAUAUACUGUUCGUUGGUAUAUGGCUCCAAUACAUAUACAAAAAAUGGUACUUUUUUUGUUGCAAAGGGGUAUUAAAAGUUUACAUGUGACUCUCGGUGGAAUAUUUGUAGGAUCCAUACAAAGUUUCGCUUCGUUGACGAGCACUUCUAUAUCAUAUUUUACAGUUCUUUAUUCUACUAUGCAUGAUUAAAAGGAUAAUAAAAUAAUUAUAAAUUAUAUCAAACCGAUUAGAUUCGUAUCAAUUAUCUUCGAGAUUUAGGAGUAGCAUAAUUACAACACUCGAACAAAAUAGC